AUGAUUCUGGCGCUCAAAGAUGUUAUCCACGGGGUGCGGGCUUUUUCGACUACGGCAACCACCCUGGGCCGCAACUAUAGACACGUGGUUAAUCGCCAGCUGAAGAAAAAAGUCGAGUACAAAGUGGGUGAUUUGAAGCCAAGAAAUUUGAGAAUACCUGCAGAAGCACCCAAAUAUCCGCCCUACCCAUACGGAGAGUCUCGUAUUUUCAAACGAAGCAACCGUGGCCUAUUUGGUGGUCAGUUCAUUGUUUUUGGAAACAAGGUCUCUGAACAUAAAAACAGGGCACGCAGAACAUGGCUCCCAAACGUGGUGAAAAAGAAACUAUGGUCUGAGUCGCUGAACAAGUUGGUGCCCUUGAAGCUGACUGCGCGCGUUCUGAGAACAAUCACAAAGGAGGGAGGUCUGGAUAACUAUCUCACAAAGGAUAAGAGAGCUAGAAUCAAGGAACUAGGUCCCUUCGGGUGGAGACUCAGAUACGAUGUCUUGAAGGCCCAGGAACGCGCUAAGAAAGCUAGUGUGAAGAACUACGAGGUCUUGAGUGACGCAGAUGGCAACGAGAUUAAGGUUUUCUUCAAAGGAACGUACAACGGAGAGCCGGUUUCUUUGGUGGUUGGGAGAAGAAAGCUUUUACAGAAACUGUACCCUGUGGUGAAGCUGCACACACCGGGAAACCUCAGAUUUGCCGCAUUCAACAACAGACGCAAGAGCGCACCUUUUGAGGAGCUUCUGAAAGAGCUAGAGCACUACAAGGUGGACCUCAGCGACGUUGUCGUGAAAUAG